AUGAUCAAUGGUGCGUUGCUGGUGCUGGCCCUGGUCAGCCUGGCGCCGCUGCUGUGGAUGGUGUCGGUGUCGUUCAUGCCGCAGGGCGAGGCCAGCCAUUUCCCGCCGCCGCUGCUGCCUUCGAGCAUCACCACGCACAACUACCAUGAGCUGUUCGCGCGCACCGGCAUGGGCGGCAACUUCGCCAACAGCCUGCUGGUGUCGCUGGGCAUCACCAUCGGUUCGCUGCUGCUCAACACCAUGGCCGGCUAUGCCUUCGCCAAGCUGAACUUCGUCGGCCGCGAGCGCCUGUUCCAGGUGCUGAUGGCCGCGCUGGUGAUCCCGGCGCAGGUGGCGAUGCUGCCGCUGUUCCUGCUGAUGAAGCAGCUGGGCCUGGUCAACAGUUUCGGCGGCGUGAUCGUGCCGGCGCUGGUCAGCGUGUUCGGCAUUUUCCUGGUGCGGCAGUACGCGCGUUCGAUCCCGGACGAGCUGCUGGAAGCGGCGCGCAUCGACGGGGCAGGGGAGCUGCGCAUCUUCUUCCAGAUCGUUCUGCCGAUGCUCAAGCCGGUGCUGGUGACCCUGGCGAUCUUCACUUUCAUGGGUGCGUGGAACGAUUUCAUGUGGCCGUUGAUCGUGUUGACCGACCAGGAGCACUACACUUUGCCGGUGGCACUGGCCACCCUCUCGCGCGAACACAUCAUGGACGUGGAAAUGAUGAUGGCCGGCGCGGUGGUCACCGUGGUCCCGGUGCUGGCGCUGUUCCUGCGAGCGAUCGCCGUUGGACUGGGCCUGUUGUGGACCUCCCUGGCGAUCGCCGCGCCGCCGGCGCUGCCGGCACCGAAAGUGCUGGACGAUUUCGACGAUAUCGGCGCCUGGAAACUGGUCCUGUCCGACCAGGUCAGUGGUUCGUUGCGCCCGGUCAGUGGUGCCGGUGGUGGCCGCGCGCUGUGCCUCGACUACGAUUUCCACAAGGUCUCCGGCUACGUCGGCAUCCGUCGCGCGCUCAACAUCGAGUACCCAGUCAACUAUCGCUUCGGCUUCCAGCUGCGCGGUGAUUCGCCGGGCAAUGACCUGCAGUUCAAGCUGAUCGACGCCAGCGGUGACAACGUGUGGUGGGUCAACCGCCCCGGCUACAGCUUCCCCAAGGCGUGGACGCCGGUCGAGUACCGCCGCCGGCAGAUCGACAAGGCGUGGGGGCCGUCGCCCGAGAAGGAGAUGGCGCGCAGUGCCGCGGUCGAGUUCACGAUCUACAGCAAGGUCGGCGGCCGGGGCACGGUGUGUUUCGACAGGCUGACCCUGCAGGGCCUGCCGCCGCAGGAUGAUUCAGCGCUGGUGCCAUCGGUGAUCGCCGAUACCGCCACCGCGCUGCAGGACCGCAUGAUCGACGGCAAGAGCGAUACGUUCUGGAUCAGCGGGGGCGUCAAGCAGCAGACCAUCAGCCUGGACCUGCACAAGAGCCGCGAGAUCGGCGGUGCGGUGAUCGACUGGCUGCCGGACCUGGAAGCGCGCCGCUAUACCGUGCGCACCUCGGAGGACGGCCGCGACUGGCGCACCGUACGCGAAGUGACCAGUGGUGCCGGUGGCCGCGACUGGCUGGCGUUGCCGGAUACUGACGCACGCUACGUGCGCUUCGACCUGCAGGACGGCCCGAACUGGCGCUACGGCAUCCGCGAUAUCGCGCUCAAGCCGCUGGCCUUCGCUGCCACUCCGAAUGCGUUCCUGUCGUCGGUGGCUGCCGACCUGCCGCGCGGUGCGUUGCCGCGCGCCUAUGUCGGUGAACAGCCGUACUGGACCCUGCUGGGCCUCGAUGGCGGCCAGGAGCAGGCGCUGAUCAGCGAAGACGGCGCACUGGAGCCGGCCAAGGGCAGCUUCAGCAUCGAACCGUUCAUCCGGCUCGAUGGCAAGCUGCUGGACUGGUCGAAAGUGGCCAUCACCCAGUCGCUGCAGGACCACUAUCUGCCGAUCGCCAACGUCGACUGGGUACACGAGAAGGUCGGCCUGGCCGUGACCAGCUUCGUGCAGGGCACGCCGGAGCGCGCGCAGCUGAUCGGCCGCUACCGGCUGAGCAAUCCGGACAAGGUCGCGCACGAGUACACCCUGGCACUGGCGAUCCGCCCUUGGCAGGUCAACCCGCCGACCCAGUUCCUCAACACCGUCGGCGGCUUCAGCCGCAUCGAUGAGCUGGAUGUCGGCGAACAGCUGGUGCGCGUCAACGGCGAGCCGCGCAUCUACCCGCUGCAGGUGCCGGACGCGCGCUUCGCCAGCACGUUCGACGGCAAGCUCGAUGCGAUGCAUCUGGCCAGCGGCAAGUACCCGGCCACCACGGCGGUGAAGGACAGCACCGGCAUGGCGUCGGGCGCGCUGAUGUAUACGAUCAAGCUGGAGCCCGGCCAGAGCCGCGAAGUGGCGGUGGUGUUGCCGCAGACCGGUGGCUGGGCGCCCAGAGCGCUGGAUGUGGCCAAGGCCCAGGCACAGGUGGCCGAGCAGUGGCGACAGAAGCUGGGCGUGGUCUCGCUGCAGGUGCCGGCAGCCGGCCAGGCGCUGGUCGACACCCUGCGUACCGCGGUGGCGCACAUGCUGAUCUCGCGCGUUGGGCCGCGCCUGCAGCCGGGUACGCGUUCCUACGCGCGCAGCUGGAUCCGCGAUGGCGCGAUGAUUUCCGAAGGCCUGCUGCGCAUGGGCCGCAGCGACGCCGUGCGCGACUACAUCAACUGGUAUGCGCCGUACCAGUUCGAGAACGGCAAGGUGCCGUGCUGCGUCGACGCGCGCGGCAGCGACCCGGUGCCGGAGAACGACAGCCAUGGUGAGCUGAUCUACAGCAUUGCCGAAUAUGGGCGCUAUACCGGCGACAGCACCUUCGUCGAACUGAUGUGGCCGCACGUGCAGGGCGCCUAUACCUACAUGGAACAACUGCGCGCCAGCGAGCGCACCGAGGAAAACCGGGCGCGCAACCCGGCCUUCUACGGCAUGAUGCCGGCCUCGAUCAGCCACGAAGGCUAUUCGGCCAAGCCGAUGCAUUCGUACUGGGACAACUUCUGGGCACUGCGCGGUUACAAGGACGCUGCGCUGCUGGCGACCCAGCUGGGCAAGCUCGAGGCGAUGCAGAUCGCCGAAUCGCGCGACCAGUUCCGCGAUGACCUGCAGGCGUCGUUGCUGUCUGCGAUGCAGCAGCACAACAUCGAUUACCUGCCGGGCUCGGCCGAGCUGGGCGAUUUCGAUGCGACCUCGACCACCAUCGCGCUGGCCCCUGGCGGUGAGCAGGGCCGCCUGCCGCAGCAGGCGCUGGAAGCAACCUUCGAGCGCUACUGGAAGGAAUUCGUGGCCCGCCGCGAUGGCAAGCGCGAGUGGAAGGAUUACACCCCGUACGAGUGGCGCAACGUGGCCGCGUUCGUGCGCCUGGGCUGGCGCGACCGUGCCUGGCAGGCCACCGGGUUCUUCUUCAAUGACCGUGCGCCGCAGGCCUGGAACCAAUGGGCGGAAGUGGUGUCACGCACGCCGCGCAAGCCGUUCUUCGUCGGUGACCUGCCGCACGCCUGGGUCGCCUCGGACUUCGUGCGCUCGGCGCUGGACAUGUUCGCCUACAACCGCGACAUGGACGACGCACUGGUGCUGGCCGCCGGCGUGCCCGCCGCGUGGCUGCAGGGCGAGGGCAUCGCCGUGCAGGGCCUGCGCACGCCGCAGGGCCAGCUGAACUACCGCCUGCAGCGCAGUGACAAGCAGCUGGUGCUGGAGCUGCAGCAGGGCCUGGUACCGCCGGUGGGCGGCGUGGUGCUGCCCUGGCCGUACAGCGGUGAUCCGGGCGAUGCCACCGUCAACGGUGAAGCGGUUGAGUGGAUCAACAAGGAACUGCACGUGCACCAGUUGCCGGCGCGGGUCGAGAUCGACGUGCCGAGCGCGGUGCGCCGCGCCGAACGCAAGGGACAGUAA